ACCCCUUUAUAUGCGAAUAAUCGCGUAUGUUCCUACGUACACAUAGGUAUAUGUAUCUGGUUCAUAUAACAGCCCUGCAUUUUUGAUCGAGUGAUCAUAGAAUUACUCUCGACGAAACGCACCUCACGUUCCCGAUACCAUCCAACCGUUCGACUUUGAAAAUCACACAACAUGGGCCAGAAAAUCAUUUCCGGAUUUGUAACGCUCAUAGUGAUUCUCCUCAUCAUCCCUGAAUCACGUGGGAAGGAUGUAUAUAGAGGACAGGAAUUUUCAAUAGGGCGUUAUAAUAUUCCCGACUUUCACGUACAGUUUGGUUCUACCACGUCUUUUAGUUUCCCACCAGAUUCUUCCUACUGGGAAUUCAUCCUACGGGAGUUAAUGAUGAAAACGGUUUUUCAGAAACCUGUACCAACUGCGGCAGAAAAAAAAUUUCUUCACAAAAUCCUGCGGGAAGAGGAAAAUUUUUCGAAAUUUUUAUCUCGUGGUGAAGUCUAUUUUGUUCAAAAUGGCGGCUGGAUUUUUUGUCUAGAGGAUUGCACCGAUUGCGAAUCUUGCGUGGAUCUAAGAAAUUCCGUCACUCCGACGUUCCAGUGGAUAUUGAAAAAGAUUGAACGGAAGUUAGAAAGGUUUCAACUGGUACCUCAUUAUGACCUUCAGUUAACCCUCAUUCCUCAAGGUGAGGUGAAUUCUGAGUACUGGGAGAACUUCUGGUCCGGGAGUCCCUACUUUUACGUCGCUUUGACCGGAUUCGUUGAGGCUUUGAACCGAGGAAGUAAAGCGGUGGAUGAGCAUUCCUUCGGGACGACGAAAGCGCCUAGUUUGAAAAAUCAACGGGACGGGGAGACUCUUUCUUUGAGUGAAAAGAAAGAAGGAGAAAAGAAAGAAGAGAAAGAUAUGGAGACACCGGAGACCAACAAUAACGUCUUCAUCGACUCAACGACCACCAUCCUUACUACUGAAAUUCAAGGGAAACGAAAUCAGCGGAGAAUUAAAGCUAACGGAGACGUCGGAGGGGUUAAGAAUUACUCUGAACCUACUGGAACGUCUUCAGUUUCAACCCCGCUAUUCUUUCCGCCGAAUGACGAGACACCCGACCAAAUAAGGAAGCUGGAAAAUGACCAGAGACUAAUCCUAGGAACUGACCAAUUCGGGGAAAAGCAUCUAGUACACAUUGUGCCUGCCGGUGACAUUAAGUCAGCCAAAACCGAGGAAAGUUCAGCUUCUGGUCCUGUACCUCUGGACAAAGAAUUUGAAACCCUUUCUUUGUAUAAUAGAAUGUUCAGACGUGUCGUGAACUCCUUGAAUACCCAGAAAAACGCCAUACAGCAAUUCUUAUUCGCUUCUGAAUCGAACAGAACUUUAAACAACAAUACGAAAACCUCCUUUAAAAACGGUCUGGAAGUGGAAAAAAAGCAGAAUAAAACUGGGGUGGAAUCUUCGAAAGACAUGGUGCCAAUAACGUCGUCGGAAAGGGUCAUUAAUGCAUUUGAAAAUUCCGAUGGAGAAGAAACUGACAGUCAAGAACGCGUACGGAUAUCAUUCAAUCCUGCUUCAUCCGCAAGAGAAUUGGUAACAUAUGCAUUGAAUGAGGAUGUCAAGAAUAAUUCGGUCAAUUUUCUACGGAAAGAAUUCGAAAAAUCUUCAACUCGAGCUUCUGAUCAUCAUGAAGAUUACACUACCCAAAAUUAUACCACACCUGAAAAUUCAGUCUGAAGGAUCGAGGCGUAUAAUUGAUGAAUGUUGAUUUAAAUUUUGCAAUAAUGUGUGUUAUUUUUUAAGGGAUAAAUUUUGAAAUGAAAAAAAAGAAACAGAGCCACAGCAGAUCAUCAAUAAUAAUUGUUUCUUUUAUAUCUA